AUAUUGAUGUCAUUUUAAUAACGAUAAAUGAAAUGUUAAGUAUAUUUUGUAUUAGAAAGUGAAGCUGAUGUUACUUGAUACUCGAGGCCGUGGAGCUGGCCUGACCUUUAUAGCCGAUUAUUACCUGUCGCUGGGCCCGGGGUCGUGACUAAACGGUUACAGAGACCGAUGGUUUUUAUAUGUGACUGACAUGCAGUAGAAAAUGUCCUUAGCUUGUAUUUCACACAGGUAUCACCUGUAUGCCUACACGUGUAGACUUGAAUGUUUCUUUUUUCGGUUUCGGCGUCGGUGUGGUGAGGUUCUGAGGAGUUAAUUGAAGUGAAUCAUCAUGGCAAAUCUGGUGACACUUCCGGCAUUGGUUCUUUUCGUUCUAUGUGUUGGCGUCGGUUAUGUUGCGGCCAUCGCUCAAAAGAAAGUUGCUGAAAUCGCUCCAUUGGAUUCCACUAAAACCAGCCUCAAUAACGAACUUGCCGCUACCAAGCCGGAAGUUGCCAGCUUUACAAUGAUGGAUAGGAUGAUGAAGUCGCUGAAAGAGAAGAAUAAAGAUGCGCCUAAUAAACUGUCUGACUUCUCACCUCUGCUGGCCAAGAUUAUACAGGGACUAUCCGAUAGAAGUAAACAUGGGCAUGACGCUUCUCUUAUGUCCAAUUCAUUGGCAAAGCAUGAUGGGAAAGCAUCAUCAAUGACGUCUACACACACGGACCACGGACACUACACGUCUAUUUCCGCCUCUAGGAAACAGGAUAAUCCAGAGGGAAGAUUGACGGCGCAGAGUUCUAUUGCCGAUAUCAUGGCACAUUUGAAUUCCGGUCCAUCCAAAGACAGUUCUCCUUCAUCAAGCGGUCAAUCAGAACGAGCGCAAACUUUUACCGGAAGUGAUGGACAUCAACCUACCUCCGGAACAUCGACAUCGCAUAUUGCUACACCAACAUUCGAUUAUCCCUUACAUACAACAUCCGGGUCGGAGGCAACCGCAGUUGCCCUACCUAAUGGGAUGAAAUCUAUAGGCAUACAACUGAAAGUGGCUCUUGAUUUAUUGGAGACCUCCGCUACAACUCUAACAUCUGCUAGCAACAUUAUCCGCAAAGUUGUUACUGACACCAGUAUGCUUGAACAUCUCAAAGGUGCUGCCACUUCCGGUACUUUAACUGGGAAUGGUCAUGAACCAUCUGGAACAACACAUGGUGAUAAAAGCGUAAGUGAACGAAACGGAGGUCCUACUUCCGGUAAUAAGCAUAAAGAGGAAAAGAUUAACGAAUGGCAUCCAUCUGGUUCUAGAAGAGAAGGGAGUAUCGUGGAUAAUCGUCAUUUAUCCCCGUGGCAAAGUGGAUUUGGUGAAACUGUUCCGGUGGAACGUGGUUCGAUUCACAGUCCUGUUCGUCAAGGCCCUGUUAGUGAAAAGGACUUUGUAAAGUCGGGAACAAGUUCUUUGCAGCCGAACACAAAGGACCAAGAUAAAUUCAAACAUCCAUUGGACUAUCCUUUCCAAGCGGAGCCAUAUCCAAAUAUACCCGGAAAUGAUGGUAAAUCGCCUAAUAUGAUGUCCCCUCAUCCAGGAAUAGAUAUGCACUCCUUUCAAGGAUCUAUGAUGACGCAAUUUGAAUCGCCGGUACCUAUGCAACACUCAAUGCCUAUGGCCAUGCCAAACCAAGGAUUUCCAUCAGGACCGAACCAACCAAAUUUCGGCAGUGGACCUGGACCUGCUCUAAACCGAGGGUUUAUGCCUCCAGGAAAUCCUAGAAGUUUCAUGCAAGGAUGAUGAUCAAUCCAUUGUUCAGAGAAAAAAAAUCGUAA